AUAGACACGAAGUUAACGUCGAUCCUUGUGCAGAAUGACCUGCUCCUUCCGGAACUCCGGACAAGCCCCGCGCGAGAGCGGGCUAUUGAUUGGCUGCAGGGAGCAGGCUCUGCCGGCAGCGGUUACCCAGGGUUUCCGGUGCGAGGCCACAGCGGGCGAUCCGUCAGGACGUCGGUAGUGGGGUCCGUACCGCGGCGGCUAGAGGGACGAGGCGAUCAGAGAGGGAUCAGCUCCUCACCUAGCAUUGCAAACCACGAUGAAGAAUCAAGACAAAAAGAAUGGGACUGCCAAGCAAUCAGGCAACACUUCCAACCCAAAAAGCAACUCGGGGCCGGCGGAAGUAGGACCAGAGGGAGCCCAGGGGCUGCGCAGCCAGUCGGCCUCUGCGACAGAAGCUGAAGGUGCCACCAGCCAGGCUCCAGGGAAGACUGAGGGAGCACAAGCCAAAACCUCUCAGUCUGGGGCCCUCCGUGAUGUCUCUGAGGAGCUGAGCCGCCAGUUGGAAGACAUCCUGAGUACGUACUGUGUGGACAACAAUCAGGGGGGCCCAGGUGAGGAUGGUGCACAGGGUGAGCCUGCUGAACCUGAAGAUGCAGAGAAGUCCCGGACCUAUGCUUCAAGGAAUGGGGAGCCUGAGCCAGAGACCCCAGUAGUCAAUGGUGAAAAGGAGACCUCCAAGGGGGAGACAGGCACAGAUGAGAUCCGGGCAAGUGAUGAGGUGGGAGACCGAGACCACCGAAGGCCACAGGAAAAGAAGAAAGCCAAGGGUCUGGGAAAGGAAAUUACAUUACUGAUGCAGACAUUGAACACGCUGAGUACCCCAGAAGAGAAGUUGGCAGCUCUGUGCAAGAAGUAUGCUGAACUGCUGGAGGAGCACCGGAACUCCCAGAAGCAGAUGAAGCUCCUGCAAAAGAAGCAGAGCCAGCUGGUGCAGGAGAAGGACCACCUGCGUGGUGAGCACAGCAAGGCCAUCCUGGCCCGCAGCAAGCUUGAGAGCCUGUGCCGUGAGUUGCAGCGCCACAACCGUUCCCUCAAGGAAGAAGGCGUGCAGCGGGCCCGGGAGGAGGAGGAGAAACGCAAGGAGGUGACCUCACACUUCCAGGUGACGCUGAAUGACAUUCAGCUACAGAUGGAGCAGCACAAUGAGCGUAAUUCCAAGCUGCGCCAGGAGAACAUGGAGCUGGCUGAGAGGCUCAAGAAGCUGAUUGAGCAGUAUGAGCUACGAGAGGAGCAUAUCGACAAAGUCUUCAAACACAAGGACCUGCAGCAACAGCUGGUGGACGCCAAGCUCCAGCAGGCUCAGGAGAUGCUGAAGGAGGCAGAGGAGAGGCACCAGCGGGAGAAGGAUUUUCUCCUCAAAGAGGCAGUGGAGUCCCAGAGGAUGUGUGAGCUGAUGAAGCAGCAGGAAACCCACCUGAAGCAGCAGCUUGCUCUAUACACAGAGAAGUUUGAGGAGUUCCAGAACACUCUUUCCAAAAGCAGUGAGGUGUUCACCACCUUCAAACAGGAGAUGGAGAAGAUGACUAAGAAGAUCAAGAAGCUGGAGAAAGAAACCACCAUGUACCGGUCCCGUUGGGAGAGCAGCAACAAGGCUCUGCUGGAGAUGGCUGAGGAGAAAACACUUCGGGACAAAGAGUUGGAGGGCCUGCAGGUGAAAACCCAGCGGCUGGAGAAGCUGUGCCGGGCGCUGCAGACAGAGCGCAAUGACCUGAACAAGCGGGUACAGGACCUGAGUGCUGGUGGCCGAGGCUCCCUCACUGACAGUGGCCCUGAGCAAAGGCCAGAGGCUGCCACUGCCUCCAAGGAGCAGGGUGGCGAGGAGCAAGGUGGUGAGGGGCCCGGGACCCAAGCACCUAGCUCUCCAGGAGCCACAGAAGCUCCUCGCUGCCCUGGAGCACCAAGCACAGAAGCAUCAGGCCAAACAGGGCCCCAGGAGCCCACCUCCACCACCGCCUAGGUAGCCUGGCACUGGGGGCAUGCUGGGAAGGGAGCAAGCAGCCCAGCCAGGCCUGGCCCGUGCAAGGCUCCCACUGCUAAGCAGUCCAUUGCUGAGGCCCAGGGUGCUCUGACCUGGCUGGCAUGACACUUUGCAGUUUGAAUUUCAUGGGUCAGUUUUACAUAUAUAUGACGUGCAAGGCCUUAUACAUUUAUAUCCAUAAGUGUAAAAUAGGCUUGCAUUGGAUGGAGAUGGAUGUGUACAGAUGAAGUCAGUGACUCUUGUGAACUGAAGAGUCAAAGAGGAGCCAUCAUCUGUAGCCGCCUUCACAGUGACCUGGCAGGACAAGUGACUUAAACAUUUCCCUGCCUGAUUUGAGGCUCAGACCCCUCCCCUCCCUGCCCUUCAGGGAUCAUGACAAGUGACACACCCAGGCCUUGACUGUGUUUCUCUUGUUAGCAGGACUUGGGCAGCUCUCCUGGAAGCUCCUUUGCUUUUCUUAACCUGGAAAAGGGGUCCCCAGGCAGAGCCUUGGCAGGGCACUCAGAGCUGGUGAUCAAACCACUUUCCUGCCUAGGACAAGGAAUUUGGAGAAUGUUUCUGUGUGGGAUGAUGUGCUGGUAGGGAGCCCUCUGGGCACCACUUCCCCUGCCCUGUGGUAGUGCCAGGACUAGGCCAAUGAUGCUUCUCAGUAGCCUUAUCAUUCACAGGUGCCUCUCUAGCCUGCACAAAUGAUUGACGAGAUCACCCAAAGGAUUCUUUCUGAAGGUUUGUUUUUGUUGCACAUGACAGUGUUUGUACUGAGGAUCUUCUGAGGGAGGAGGAGGACUCUAGCAGUGGUGCCUGGUUCCUGGCCUCCAGUGCCCCACCACCCUCUCCACCCCACCUGGCACUUUUGUCAUGUUGGUGCUUAGGUUUCCUAUUUGAUGAAAUCAAACUGUAGUAAGAGGAAGGAAAGGGCUUCUGAUGGCCUUACCGGAAGCUUACCUAUGGGUCACAAUCCUGGAUGGCCACCGCCAAUCGCCAAUUCCCAUUACCACUGUUUCCAUGCAGCAGUUGCUGAGCCCCAGGAGCAACUAUCCCUGGAGGCUUUAUGAGUCUGUUUCUGUUUCCUGCCCCCAUUCCCAGUGUGCAGUCCUUGAGAUUUGCUCUGGUUCCAUUGUCCAAGGAGUAAGAGCUGAGAUAUAUCCUUGACAUCCCAUUUCUUCCAGUGUGGGAGCCUCAGCUCUUGUCUGACAACUGAUGGAUAAGAAUGAGAACAACUGACUGAACCCCAGAAAUCCACAAAAUGGCUGCAGAUACUUGUGUCUGUCCCCAUCCAGUACCUCAUAAUCGCCCCUCCCCUUACAUGUUACUGUAUACUCUGAAAGUUCUGCUGGUUGCAAACUUGUCUAGGGUAUUCUUCUGUCCUUGUACAGAGCAAUUUUCUAGAACAACAGGAUGAAUUUGGAUCAGGAAGUGGGACUCUUCUGGGCUUGGGGUACUAUACCCCACCUCCAGCUGGGUGGCUUCAGUGUAGCUGAGGGAGCCACAGACGAAGGUGAAUAGGAUGGUUGAGCUGCUGCUUGGUGUAUUUUCUUGAGGCUGAUUCAUUAUCAUACAGGCCCUUUCAUCUUGCACAACUAGCCCAUUCUUUCAGCCCCUAAAUCCCUCUCAUAAAAUAGGUUCAUGAAGAGUACUAAGUAUUCCUGAACCCUGUUCUGACAGACCAGUGAUGCAAAUGAAAGGUACACCAUUUCUCCUCUGCCCCCAUAGUAGGUACCACUAAUCUGCUUCAGAGUAUUGCCUGCUCAUCCCUGGUAUCUCAUUUCUCAAGGUUCCCUCAGCAGCCAGUGUUGAGUGCUGUAACCUAUUUACCAUCCCUGGCUGAGAUACUGCUCUCCUUUGGAGAAGUGUUUCCUAAGGUCUCUUCUUCCCCUCUGAAAUGCCUGAGUCUAGAAUGGUCCCUGGACAUGCAUCUUCCUGUUCCAGUAAGGCUCCUUCCCCCAGCCCCUGUGCCAGUCUGAGGUGCACAAGAGCUGCCAGACGCCCUACAGGGAGGGUUUGCUAGGCUAUGGAAGUGCUGGGAAAAGGCAGAAGCUUCUGUCCACCCCCUUUAAAGACCAGGUAGAUUUGCAGUGGCCCACAUAUGAUUGCCUGCCUCACUUCAGCUACCUCUUAAAGCCCAUGGGGUUGGGGGGAGGGGUCUGUUGGAGCUCAGUGUGGUGGGAUGGGAACUCAGCACAGCAGCCCUCUGAAACCAAGUCCAGCUACUGUGGAGCUACAGUGAGCAAGGUAGCCCCAGCUGGGCUUCCCAGGUCAGAAAUAAUAGGCCCUGAGCAGGAUGAAACCUUUGCUCUUAGCUCUGGGCAUCCUGGCCAGGCGGCUAUAGAUGGGGAUCCCAUUCCUCUAAUUCCGUUGACCAAAUCUUAAUCACUACAGCUGCUCUGCUUGCUCUGCUUUCCAAAGCCAGCCCAGGUACCUGGGUGCUGCCCACACCAGCCAGGAGCCUGGGCCAGAUGCAGGGGAUGUGGCCUAUCUGAAGGUCAGUGCCUUCCUCACUAGGGCAGGUCCCAUGUACAUGACCUCAGUUCUAGGACCAAGAGCUGUGUUGGUUUCUUAGAUUGCUAGCUUUUCCUCUACGGGACCACAGCAGGUGAGGCUCAGCCCAGAGCCCUGGCUCUGCUGACAGUGAUUUGUGUUCAGGACCUUGUCCAGCUGAGAGUUUCAUGUACACCAGAUUCUGAGAGGUGUCAGCAGCACUUUUUUGUUUGUUUUCCAUGAGGUUUUUGGACCAUGGGCUGAGCUCAGGCACUUUUCUGUAAGAGAAUGUUAUGUCUAUAAAAAUGGUUAUUUCCCCUCCUCCACCCCAUUGUGGUGGCCCUGCUGAGGCUGACCAAGAGGCCAGUGGAGCUGCCCUGGUGUCUAUGGGGGAGGGCUAAGGCCUGCUGAGCUGAUUCUCCAGCUGCUGCUCCAGCCCUCCCACUUUGCACAGCACAGAGGGUCACUCCAGCGAGGGACAGCUAAGCACCUGCCUGGGGGAGUGGUGCAGCCAUCUGUCCCUGUAACUGCUUCCCUUAUGGUCCAACUUGGCUUCCCAGGUUUGUUUGAAACUGUGCUGACCGCUUUUUGGGGGGGGGGUCUCAUUUAGGUGUUCACAACAGCCAGGGACUUGAUUUUGAUGUAUUUUAAACCAUAUUA